AUGUCACAUAACGAGUCACAUAACGAAUCACCUAUUCUUGCAGCUACAAUACCAGCAACAGAUGAUAUAGUUCCACACGUUGUUCUAAAUACCACGAUCGGUAGUCCACCACAUUCUAGUAAUAUGUCAUCACCAACAACACCAACCUCUUUAGCAAGUUUUCGUUUUGGUAGUAAUUAUAAUUACAAUGACUAA